GCGCGGAAUCGGGAUACUUCAGGACCAUGGCGCCCGUGCACGGCGAAGACUGCGACACGGGGUCGAGCGUUCUUCAAGUGCUGCAUGGAAAUAGUGAUCACAAUCUAGUCAUCCUUGGUGAAGUUUAAAAAAAAAAAUUGCAUCAGCUCAGCAGUGUUCCGGAUGCGUGUAUAUGAAUCCGUUUUCAGUGCUGUGUCAGAUUCAGGGAGUUUUGUAGCUUCUCGAUCCAGGCGAGAAAAGAAAUCAAAGAGGGGGCAGCAGGAAGCUCUAGAAAGACUGAAAAGGGCUAAAGCUGGUGAGAAGUAUAAAUAUGAAGUUGAGGACUUCACAAGUGUUUAUGAAGAAGUUGAUGAAGAACAGUAUUCGAAGCUGGUUCAGGCCCGCCAGGAUGAUGACUGGAUCGUGGAUGAUGAUGGUAUCGGCUAUGUGGAAGAUGGCCGAGAGAUUUUUGAUGAUGACCUUGAAGACGAUGCCCUUGAUUUUCAUGAGAAAGGAAAAGAUGAUAAAGCACGUACCAAAGACAGGAGGAAUGUAAAGAAGGCUGCGGUGACAAAACCAAACAAUAUCAAGUCAAUGUUCAUUGCUAGUGCUGGGAAGAAGACUGCAGAUAAAGUGGUAGAUUUGUCCAAGGAUGAUCUGCUAGGUGACAUUCUACAAGAUCUGAACACUGAGAAACCUCAGAUAACUCCACCACCUGUAAUGAUACCAAAGAAAAAAAGAUCCAUUGGAGUGUCACUGAAUCCUUUCUCUGUGCACACCCCCAAGGUAGUUCCUUCAGGAAAAACGGCUUCCCCUGUCUUAAGGAAGGAGCCUCCAUUAACUUCAGUUCCCCUUAAAUGUGCUGAAUUUGCUGGAGAGCCAGUGCCAGCGUUGUGUGUAGAUGACAAGGAGGACUCAGGAGCAAUGGAUUUUGAAGACGGUGACUUUGACGAGCCCAUGGAGGCUGAGGAAGUGGAUGUGGAGCCUGUGGCUGUCAAGACUUGGCACCAAGAGAGUGAGCCAGCAGAGGGGGUGAAGCAUGAGGCAGAUCCUGGGAAAGGGACCACGUCCUACUUGGGAAGUUUUCUCCCAGAUGUUUCUUGUUGGGACAUUGAUCAGGAAGAUGAUAGCAGUUUCUCAGCCCAGGAAGUCCAAGUGGAUGCCAGUCACCUCCCACUGGUAAAAGGAACAGAUGAGGAGCAAGUGUUUCAGUUUUAUUGGCUGGAUGCUUAUGAAGAUCAGUACAAUCAACCAGGUGUGGUUUUCCUGUUUGGCAAAGUUUGGAUUGAAUCCGCCAAAACCCACGUGAGCUGUUGUGUCAUGGUGAAAAACAUCGAGCGAACACUUUACUUCCUUCCCCGAGAAAUGAAAAUUGAUCGAAGUACAGGAAAAGAAACAGAAACUCCAGUCACAAUGAAGGAUGUUUAUGAUGAAUUUGAUGAGAAAAUAGCAGCAAAAUACAAAAUCAUGAAGUUCAAGUCCAAGCCAGUGGAAAAGAACUAUGCUUUUGAGAUACCUGAUGUUCCAGAAAAAUCUGAGUACUUGGAAGUUAGAUACUCGGCUGAAAUGCCACAGCUUCCUCAGGAUUUGAAAGGAGAAACUUUUUCUCAUGUAUUUGGGACCAACACAUCCAGCCUGGAAUUGUUCUUGAUGAACAGAAAGAUCAGAGGACCUUGUUGGCUUGAAGUGAAAAAUCCACAGCUCUUGAAUCAGCCAGUCAGUUGGUGUAAAGUUGAGGCAAUGGCUCUGAAACCAGACCUGGUGAAUGUGAUUAAAGAUGUUGGUCCUCCUCCACUCGUGGUCAUGUCUUUCAGCAUGAAGACGAUGCAGAAUGCAAAGACUCAUCAAAAUGAGAUUAUUGCUGUGGCAGCUUUGGUCCAUCACAGCUUUGCAUUAGAUAAAGCACCCCCACAGCCUCCCUUCCAGUCACAUUUCUGUGUUGUGUCUAAACCAAAGGACUGUAUUUUUCCAUAUACUUUCAAAGAAGAUAUUAAGGAAAAGAAUGUGAAGGUUGAGAUUGCUGCAACAGAAAGAACAUUGCUAGGUUUUUUCCUCGCCAAAGUUCACAAAAUUGAUCCUGAUAUCAUUGUGGGUCAUAAUAUUUAUGGAUUUGAACUGGAAGUGCUCCUGCAGAGAAUUAAUGUGUGCAAAGUUCCUCAUUGGUCCAAGAUAGGUCGACUGAAGCGAUCCAACAUGCCAAAGCUUGGGGGCAGGGGUGGAUUUGGUGAAAGAAAUGCUACCUGUGGCCGAAUGAUCUGUGAUGUGGAGAUUUCAGCAAAGGAAUUGAUUCGCUGUAAAAGCUACCAUUUGUCUGAACUUGUUCAACAGAUUCUGAGAACCGAAAGAUUUGAAAUCCCAAUGGAGAAUGUACGAAAUAUGUACAGUGAAUCUUCUCAUCUGUUGUACCUGUUGGAACAUACCUGGAAAGAUGCCAGGUUCAUUUUGCAGAUCAUGUGUGAGCUAAAUGUUCUUCCAUUAGCAUUGCAGAUCACUAACAUCGCUGGGAACAUUAUGUCUAGGACGCUGAUGGGUGGACGAUCCGAGCGUAAUGAGUUCUUGUUGCUUCAUGCAUUUUAUGAAAACAACUAUAUUGUGCCUGACAAGCAGAUUUUCAGAAAGCCUCAGCAAAAACUGGGAGAUGAAGAUGAAGAUAUAGAUGGAGAUGCCAAUAAAUAUAAGAAAGGACGUAAGAAAGCAGCUUAUGCUGGAGGCUUGGUAUUGGACCCCAAAGCUGGUUUUUAUGAUAAGUUUAUUUUGCUCCUGGACUUCAACAGUUUGUAUCCUUCCAUCAUUCAAGAAUUCAACAUUUGUUUUACAACAGUGCAAAGAGUUGCUUCAGAGGCACAGAAAAUUACAGAGGACGGAGAACAAGAACAGAUUCCUGAGCUGCCAGACCCAAACUUAGAAAUGGGCAUUUUGCCCAGAGAGAUCCGGAAGCUGGUAGAGAGGAGAAAACAAGUCAAACAACUAAUGAAACAGCAAGACUUAAAUCCAGACCUUGUUCUUCAGUAUGACAUUCGACAGAAGGCUUUGAAGCUCACAGCAAACAGUAUGUAUGGCUGCCUGGGAUUUUCCUACAGCAGAUUUUACGCCAAACCACUGGCUGCUUUGGUGACAUACAAAGGAAGGGAGAUUUUGAUGCAUACAAAGGAGAUGGUACAGAAGAUGAAUCUUGAAGUUAUUUAUGGAGAUACCGAUUCAAUUAUGAUAAACACCAACAGCACUGAUCUGGAAGAAGUAUAUAAAUUGGGAAACAAGGUAAAAAGUGAAGUGAACAAGUUGUACAAACUGCUUGAAAUAGACAUUGAUGGUGUUUUCAAGUCUCUCCUACUGCUGAAGAAAAAGAAGUACGGCGCUCUAGUUGUUGAGCCAACGUCAGAUGGGAAUUACUCCACCAAACAGGAGCUGAAAGGGUUAGACAUAGUUAGAAGAGAUUGGUGUGAUCUUGCUAAAGAGACUGGAAACUUUGUCAUUGGCCAGAUUCUUUCUGAUCAAAGCCGAGACACUAUAGUGGAAAACAUUCAGAAGAGGUUAAUAGAAAUUGGAGAAAAUGUGCUAAAUGGCAGUGUCCCAGUGAGCCAGUUUGAAAUUAACAAGGCAUUGACAAAGGAUCCCCAGGAUUAUCCUGAUAAAAAAAGCCUACCUCAUGUACAUGUUGCCCUUUGGAUGAAUUCUCAAGGAGGCAGAAAGGUGAAAGCUGGAGAUACCGUGUCGUAUGUCAUCUGUCAGGAUGGGUCAAACCUCACUGCAGGUCAGAGAGCCUAUGCACCUGAGCAGCUACAGAAACAGGACAAUUUAACUAUUGACACCCAGUACUACCUGGCUCAGCAGAUCCACCCAGUCGUGGCUCGGAUCUGUGAGCCAAUAGAUGGAAUUGAUGCUGUCCUCAUUGCAACAUGGUUAGGACUCGACCCCACCCAGUUUAGAGUUCAUCAUUAUCAUAAGGAUGAGGAGAAUGAUGCCCUACUUGGUGGCCCAGCACAGCUCACUGAUGAGGAGAAAUACAGGGACUGUGAAAAAUUCAAGUGCCCAUGCCCCACAUGUGGAACAGAGAAUAUUUACGACAGUGUCUUAGAUGGUUCGGGAACUGAUAUGGAGCCCAGCUUGUAUCGCUGUAGUAACAUUGAUUGUAAGACUUCACCUUUGACCUUUGUGGUACAGCUGAGCAACAAAUUGAUCAUGGACAUGAGACGUUGCAUUAAAAAAUACUAUGAAGGCUGGUUGAUUUGUGAGGAGCCAACCUGUCGAAAUCGAACUCGGCGCCUUCCCCUCCAGUUCUCCCAAAAUGGGCCUCUUUGCCAAGUCUGCAUGAAAGCUACACUUCGGCCAGAGUAUUCUGACAAGUCCCUGUACACCCAGCUGUGCUUUUACCGGUACAUUUUUGAUGCGGACUAUGCACUGGAGAAACUUAUUACUGAUCAUGAGAAAGAUAAGUGGAAGAAGUUUUUUACCCCCAAAGUUCGUCAGGACUACCAAAAACUCAAGAACACUGCAGAGCAGUUCUUGGCCCUAAGUGGCUACUCGGAAGUGAACCUCAGCAAACUCUUCGCUGACUGUGCCGUGAGGCCGUGAGGGCACCCCAGAAGGGGCAGCCUGGGUGGGUGAAGACAGACGCCCGGCUUCCUGGCCACCGCACCACCUCCUCCAGACCCUACCUGCUUCUCGGCCAUCACGUCUCAUUUAGGACCACCGCAUCUCCUGUUUGUGCGCAUGGGGCUUGGAGGGGCAUUACUGCCGGGGACCGGGAGACCGGGGACCGCAACAGUCAUCCGCCUGCCAAGCAUCAGAGCACAUCGGAAGAGCCUUCCUGUCGUAGUAUGACCCCGACUACUGAAACACAGCCUAGAGCCCACUGCAAAGUGGCUGAAGAGCUGGCCGCUUCGUAUUUAGGACUGGAUUUCGAGGGGAGGGGCUGGUGAGGGACGAGAAAUUAAUUGAGAGUGGCUGGAAUGCAGGGGACCCCAGGCUUUGCCCCAGGGCCUUCAGCAGAGAUGCCCCCAGAGAGAGAGAUUUAUGAAGCCUGGUAGGAGCGCUAACAUUUUGCCUUUUCACACGCCAAUUAAACCCAGUCUGAACCCAACUGUUGCCCCAGCCUCUGGCUUCAGGAGUGGCUGUCCUUUUCAGUCUUGUCUUUUAUAGAGGUAGCUGAGGGGGGAGAUGGAGAAGCCUUGCGUUGACUAAAUAGAUUAAACAGAGCUUACUUGUUUAUUCAACUGGCCCAGAGCUGCACGUGGACACCCGCACUGGGCAGGUGUUUUACACUCACAUUCCUUCUUUUCCCCCUUAAGUAGAAAGUCCAGGUAAGGUUUAUAUAGUAGGAAAACACAUUUAAAAUAAUUUGAUAUCCUAUAACAUUUCCUUUAAAAUGUGUAGAGGUUGGGGAAAGGAUCACUGUGUUGUGUUCAGAAGAAAUUGGGAGGAGGUUUGGCGAAUUAGCCCCGGUGCUGUUUUGGUUUUUUCUGUUUCGCUUUUUUUUUCCCCCUUUCAUUUCUUCACAGUGGUGCCUCUUUGCCAGAAGCCAAAUGUAUUUCAAUAUAGCAGUCUUUCCAUUCUUACAGUAUUUGUGAGAUUAUACUAACAGAAUCUAUUUCCCCUGUACACUGUGCUAUAUAUUUUUUAAAAUGUCUACCUGUUUUUCUACAAGAAAAAUAUGUUGUGCUUCCAUCCCCUCUCCCUGUCCCCUGCUUAAAUAAAGUUUUCUGAAAGGAAA